UAUGCUGAUCAAUAAUACAAUGACGACUACACUCGUUAUUUUGGCACCAUCCAGUGGCCGGUGAAAGCAUUUUCGCAGCUUCAGCAAUCCUGUCAUGGCGGCGUCCAUACGACCACGUCUUAUAUCAAGGUUAGCUGUAGUUACAGGAGGGGGCAGUGGCAUUGGGCGUGCAGUUUGUCAGCGCCUUGCCUCAGAGGGGGCCUCACUGGUGGUUGCAGACCAGAGUGUGGAAUCAGCCAAUCAGACCCUGGAAAACCUGUCUCAUGAUCACAAAGGGCAGGAGCACAUGGUGGCAGAGGUGGAUGUUGCUUCCCGCAGCAGUGUGGAGAAUCUCCUGAACAGUAUACAGCGACGGUACUUCCAGCCCCCAUCUGUGUGUGUGAAUGCUGCUGGCAUAACACAGGAUGACUUCCUGUUGAAAAUGGAGGAAGAGGACUUUGACAGAGUGAUUCGGGUCAAUCUCAAGGGCACCUUUCUGGUCACUCAAGCUUUCUCGAGGGCCAUGGUAGCCGCGGGCGCUCCCAAAGGCUCCAUCGUUACCGUGGGCAGCAUCGUGGGGAAGGUGGGGAAUGUCGGCCAGGCCAACUACUCGGCCUCCAAAGCCGGUGUCCAGGGGCUCACCAGAACAGCUGCCAAGGAGCUCAGCAGAUUUGGCAUCCGGUGUAACUGUGUUCUGCCAGGGUUCAUCACCACACCAAUGACCGACAAGGUGCCAGAAAGAGUAAUUAGCAAGAUCACUGCCCUCGUGCCCAUGGGGAGGAUGGGAGACCCUACAGAGGUGGCUGAUGUGUGUGCCUUCCUGGCCUCUGAGGACAGUAGCUAUGUUACUGGAAGCUGUAUAGAAGUCACAGGAGGGCUUUUCAUUGGCUGACUCAAGACCACAUAUGGAGAAUGACCGCCAUCAGGCCUUACAUUUUUAUUUUUUUGAUGUACAUUAUAUGAUUAUACUAUUUGUAUUAUACUAACAAAUGAAAAAACUAUAUUUGUAAUUUGUAUACGCUAGCAAAAUAUAACACUUCAUUGUAA